AUGGUUGGUCAUGAAGCUUUGGAUGAGAUCAUCACUCCGUUGCUUGAAAAACUAACUCCUGAAAAGGAAGACGUUCUUGCUGGUUUGUGUGAGAUAAUGAAACAGAACAGCAGGCAAAUGUUGCCAUACUUGCUACCUCGUCUUACCCGACCUCCAAUCAAUGUCCAUGCUCUUUGUAGUUUAGCUUCUGUUGCAGGAAGCUCGCUCUCACGACAACUUCCCCGAGUUCUGGACGCAUUAUUAUCAGCAUGUCAAACGAACGACCAAUAUGAUCCGAUGAUCGACAGCUGCGAAAAGGUGGUAAUAGCGGUAACUGACGACGAAGGUAUACCCGUCCUUGUUGACUACCUUCUUAAGCAAGCCAAUAAGGGAAAUGUGCCUGCGAUUGUUCUGCUUCAUACUUAUGUCGCUAAGAGUGGUGUAUCCCUCAACUACCUCACGGCCGACUUACUUCCUGGAUUGCUACAUUUGUAUAUGUCUCCGAAUGCUCAAAUUGUAGACCAUGCUGUUAACGCGGCUAUUGGCGUCGCGCAAGCAUUGGAUCAGAAAGAGAUGCAGGAGGCUAUUCCUGUUGUGAAGAAAGCUUUGAACUUCAUUGUUGCUCAAUCUAAGGGCAAACCCAUACCUGGUUUUGCCCAUCCAAAAGCACUGCAACCACUUCUACCUAUGCUCAGAGAAGCAAUACUACAAGGUGGAGUUGAACUGAAGGCACUCGCUGGAGAAGCGCUCGGUCAGAUGGUAUCUGUAUCUGAUGUGUCGGCUCUGAAAGCUCAUGUGGUUAAUAUUACUGGGCCAUUAGUUCGGGUUCUCGGAGACCGUUAUCCAGCUAAUGUAAAAUUGGCAGUUCUCGAGACGCUCAGCAAACUUCUCGACAAGGUCGACACACUUCUUCGUCCUUUCCUCCCUCAGCUGCAAUCCACAUUCCUGAAAGCGCUACAAGAUCCAACGUCGCGACCUGUACGACUUGUGGCUGGAGGUGCUCUGGCUCGCUUGUUACGCAUUCAUCUGAAGCCAGAGCCACUUGUUACCGAAAUUCUGAAAAUGCUAGCUCAUUCUCAGGAUCAAGCGCUCCUAGAGACGACAUUUGUCGCUGCACGUGCGCUGGUGGGCAAAAUUGCUAAUCCACUCUCAGAAGCAACUAUCCAGGAAGGUUAUCGGGUGUGCGAACUGCAGUACACGGUGCCACUAGAUACACCAACUGAGCUCGACACGUCGCUCACUGUAUGCAGUGGAGCACUGUAUGGGGAGCUGGCGAUAAGAACAAAGGAAUUUAGCUCGAAGAACAUUUUCCGAGAUGUAGAAAAUUGCUCAAAGCCACGAGUGCGCCAGGCGAUGGCCAUCGCACUACAGCAGAUGUGUCAGACUGACUCGACCACGGUCUGGACAGAAGCGGAAAGCGCGUGCCGAUCAGCUCUAAUGGCGGCAUUGAGCGCUGAAACUCCUGUUGCUUGUGCUGCACUGCGUGCUGCAGCACACAUUCUUAUCAGUCAAACCCCAGGCGUCGAUCGGGAUUUGUUAGCCGCUGUGGGGCGUUCACUUAGCCAUCAGUCAGUUGAAGUGCGACGGGUUGCUGCGGCUGUACUUGGUCAUGUACUCCAUUCGUCUCCUGAACAACUUGAUAGCGAACUUCUGAAGUUAAUCGUCCCACAUUUGGCGAAUGGUGCAAAGGAGAGCAACUCAGCUGUUCGGUCGGCGUCUGAACUCGCGUUGGUGUACGCAUUCCACUUCGCAGAAGGCCAAGACGGCUUCAACGUUCGUUUUGAACAUUAUCAAUGUGUUUUUGAAUGUGCAACUUUUUUAAGCAUCAUACUUCUUGAGCUAACCGAGCAUGUGAAAAACAUACUUUUCCUUGGAGCGGCAGCUUAUUGA